UUGACACAUAACAUAACCUCCUUUCAUUUGAAAUGUGAACAUUGCGAUUAUAGAAUAAGUAUUAAAUCAAGUUCCUACAAAGGUGUUUUUAAAUUUAAAUUAGCACUUCGCUCUCUGGGGCAACCUUUAAAGUGUGGUUAAGGACUAACAGUACAGCAAAUUAUGUAUAGUGAUAAUGAAAAACGAAAAGUGGGAUUAACCUGUUUGUUAAAGGCUAGAAACUAUGCCCGGAUAAAAGAUUGGGCUCGCGCCUUUCCCCAUUACCUAAUGUGUUUAGAACUAUUUCCGAACGAUCGUAGAAACCUCGAGGACGAAUUCACCGAUGUCCUUUAUCAGCUCGGCAUUUGGUUAGAAUCUAACAAUAAAUUAACGGAUAUUUGCAAAUGGUACAUCACGGGAUUGCAGUAUUUUCCGACAAACGCAAACUUAUUAAAUCACUUCGCCGAACACCUGCUUCGAAUCGAAGAACCACAAACCGCCUUAACCUAUCUAGAAACGGCACACAGGUUAGACCCCACGUCACUAGUUAUCGACCGGAAUUUAACGGCGGCAAAAUUAAACACAGUUCCACGUUGGCACUAUCGAAUGUUAAACGAUUGUAAACGUAAUGAAGCUUUUAAAGUGGCCAUCUCAAAGGCGUUAUCAUCAGGGUGUGGAAAAGUUCUGGAUAUCGGCACGGGAUGUGGCCUGUUAAGUUUCUACGCCUCACAAUUUUCAACUACCGGUAUUACCGCCAUCGAAUCCUCAAAUGCUCUAGCGAACAUUGCAAAAUCAAGUCUGCCACAAGUUAAUGUCGUUACCAAACAUUCCACUUCACUGCAUAGUACCGAUAUAGGCUUACACAACGUUUUAAUUACCGAAAUAUUUGAUGCCGCUCUAUUUGGAGAGCACGCUUUAGAAACUAUAAUUCAUGCUUGGGAUAACUUAUUAGACGCCUCCUCUACCGUAAUUCCCCACUCCGCUGAUCUGUUCGUUACCGGUUUUAGUAGUUCAGAUUUGUUAAAGCGGCACAGGUUGUGUUCAGAUCCCCGACUGGGAUUAAGUAAUGUGUGUGUCACUCAACGACUUAAAGAACCUUACGAAGCUGAUAAUUUAAAACGGCGACCUGUUAGUUACAUCACAAACACUUACAAAGCUUGCACGGUGUCGUUUAACGAUGUUACACAAUUAAAGGACAUUUAUAGUAAUGUGGAUGCGAUAGCAAACUUCUCAUUGCACUGUGUCAAUAGUGGAAGUAUUGAUGGUUUUGCAAUUUGGUUUAAUUUGUAUUUGGACGAAGAGAAAACUAAUGUUAUAACCACCGAUCCUCGUGAAAACAAUGUGAACUGUUGGGAACAAGCUAUGAUUUAUCUUGAUCAUCCGAUUGCAGUCGACCAAAAUGACGAGAUAACUGUGAAGUUAUCCUGCAUUAAGAAUGAACUAAAGCUUACUGUUCUGCAACCGGUAUCCACAUGCUCUCAUUGUUUUAAAGUGUCCGGGGAGAUUAUUACGUACCUUAAUGAUACUAGUCUGAUAAAUAUUUGCGAAAAUGUUCACUUGCCACAACUGUCAAAAACCGAUAUAAAGGUACUGGAUUUAAAUCCAUUUCCGCUGUUCGCCUUGUUUCUAGCAAGACGUAAUUCGAAUGUAACGCUAAAGUGUCUGGUCAAGGAUGUGCAAGACUUCGAAUUCAUUAACUUUGUGUUUAAGUGUAACGGCGUGGAUACCUUCGAGAUGUGCCAAGAAGUGGAAAUUGACAGCAGCAGCGAUUUAAUCUUUAUAAAUCCACUCUUAACGAAUGGAACUUUGGACGAAAGCGUCUUUCUACAGUUAACCCGACCGGAUUGUGUAAAUCUAUUCCCGAAGCGUUUGUAUUUGCACAUUGAAGUAGUCGAAUCGGAGUAUUUACAUAAUUGCUGUAGAGUUGACGAUCGUAACUUAUUUGGACAUAAGGCUGCCGAUCUAAUGAAUGAGUAUUCGGUAUAUGAACACUGGGAAAUUGAACCGAAAUAUUUCAGUUAUAAAAGCAUAGGCAGCAUUAACCUUAGUGCAGAUUUACUCCACAAUGAUAUAUCGACUAAAGUCCCUGUGACUGUUGUCACGGGCCGUACAGCUAAUGGAGUCCUGUACUGGUUUACCAUGGACUACAUAACUCAUUCCUUUACCACUUAUAACAGUCUGCAUUAUAAUAACGCUUGCUUUAUAUUUAGUCAGCCUAAGUAUCUUACUGAUCAAGUACUGCAGCUUACUGUUAGAAAGGAAAAUUCUUUAUUGCAUGUGGGCUAUACUGACACGUGAGAAUGGCGGUGAGGCUGUAGUAAAGAGGCCACGCCCAUCAGUAUGAGUCAUGUCUCAGAGACUCGGAUGACUGUACAAAUAGAUCUGAAAGUUAAAUUAAAUUAAAUUAUUUAUAAUGAAAUAACCAAUAAGGGAUUAUUAUUUAAUAAUGAAAUGUACAUUAUGUUUGCCAUUUCUGUUGUGUAUAUAUUUCCAGAACUAAAAUGACCUACACCAAAACAAACGAAACAAGACUAUGUAUGACACGCUGGUAUAUCGUUAAGUAAUGCAUUAUUAAAUACAAUGACACAAUUCUAUUUCA